ACGUCUCGAUAAUUUUUGACACAAGAAAAUAAGAUAGGCUGCAUCCGCGCGCGAUUUAUAAUGUUUUGCUCACUUUGCUAAAUCUCGUUGAGUGUAGCUAACAUUUCACAGUUAUAAUGACUUGAAUGUCAAUGCAUUUAACCUAGCUGGUCCUAUCAUUUCUGAAGAUAAGACGGGGGCAUGCGCAGCUGGAGGUGGCAGUUCUCCAGGAUGAUGCGCCUGUGCCUGCGCUGGUGCCGGCUGUGCCCUAAGCGAGGGGGGCGCCCCAGCAAGCCCCGGAGGAAGCUAGGAGAGGUGUGGAGUUACUGGAAGCUGCUGCUCAACUCCCUCUACUUCAACAGCCUCACCAACUCUGACACCUACCUGGACUGUGUCUUUGAACCUGUCUACUGGAUAGUCGACAAUGUGACUCGCUGGUUUGGGGUGGUGUUUGUGUGCCUGGUGAUUGCCCUCACCAGCUCUGUGCUGGUUGUUGUCUACCUGUGCCUGUUGCCUGUCAUCCUCAACACCUACCCACUGCAGUGGAUCGUCUGGCACCUCACCUACGGCCACUGGGUCCUAAUGAUGGUCCUCUUCCACUACUACAAGGCCACCACCACUUCCCCUGGACACCCACCACAGGUUAAAAGUGAUACACCGUCAGUGACCAUCUGUAAGAAAUGCAUCGUCCCCAAGCCAGCCAGGACUCACCACUGCGGCAUCUGCAACACGUGUAUUCUGAAGAUGGAUCACCACUGUCCUUGGCUCAACAACUGUGUGGGCCACUUCAACCACCGCUACUUCUUCUCAUUCUGCCUCUACAUGACCAUGGGCUGCAUGUACUGCAGCGUCAGCUGCAAAGGCAUGUUCAUAGAGGCCUACAACGCUGUCGAGAGCUACUAUCAGACUCCACCACCACUGUUUUCCUUCAGGGAAAAGAUGGUCCACAAGAGUGUCAUUUUCAUUUGGGUGCUAACAAGUUCGGUGGCAGUUGCUCUGGGAGGUCUGACACUGUGGCAUGCUAUCCUCAUCACCCGAGGAGAAACCAGUGUGGAGAGACACAUCAACAAGAAAGAGGUCAGACGUUUAAAGGAGAAGGGAAAGGUGUUCCGAAAUCCAUACCACUAUGGGAAAAUAAACAAUUGGAAAGUUUUGUUUGGUGUGGAGGAAACAAGUCACUGGUUGACCAGAGUCCUUCUGCCGUCUAGGCAUGUUCCCCAUGAAGACGGACUGGUAUGGGAAUUCCCUCGGGCUCUCACCAGAAGAGACCUUAUGACCAUCUAACCUCCCACACUACUCACUGCUGCUGGCCAGUUUCUCAUCUCCACACUAUGGGCCAUAGUCACUGCUAUAGCCCUGGCCCCUGGAUGGUGGGGUGGACAGAGGAAUUAUUGUAGCCUCUGAGGAGUGAACUAUUUGGUGUUGAUUGUGGCCCAUGAGUCCAGGCACCGCCGAGUGUUUGGGGGACCUUAAUCUGACCUCCAGUCACUGUCAUGUGAACUGAUGGUCCUGUCUUUUCAACUGUUGUCCUGUCUAGUGAACUGAUUUGAUAUGUUUUUGUACUGUUAGGCAUGUUGUCCAAAGUUGACAUGAAUUGUGUGCUUUUUAAUUGUACUGAAGUCACAGAAGAAGCAGUUUGGACUUUUUCAGUGCCAAAGAACAGCUUUCCACCAAAGGCUAGGUUCGAACUAGAUAACCACACGCCUUGGCCAUUGUCCAUCUAUGGGUGAGUAGUCUGGAGUCUUUUUGACAGAAUUAUAUAAACAAUUAAUAUUAUCAUUCAGGCUCUAGUCUAGAUCAUGGUGCUCAUGUUACUGAGCAGUGCCCCGGUCAUAUUAGGAAUUGUCUAAAGAGUGCUAUGUGCCUUGUUAAGUUAAAGAUUUAACAGGUGUUCUAUUUGUUAAUUAUCAGGCACUAAUGGUCCCCUGUAGCUCAGUUGGUAGAGCAUGGCACUUGCAACGCCAGGUUUGUGGGUUCGUUUCUCAUGAGGGGCC